AUCCCUACCUAUCAUUCUUCCACUACUCAUUCCGCAACUCUCAGUCCAUCCACUUCGUUCGCCAUUUGCUGCAUCGUGUCAUCAUGACUGGUACAUCGAAAGGCCAAUCGAUCAGAUUUGAAGUCAUUAGCGGAAACAAUAUCAGUGUACCCUCUGGUCGCAUACCCGCAGGCAUUUACGUGUCCGUCAACGUCAGCCCGAGGAGACGCUGGAAAUCAGCCGCCCGAGUUCUAUCGUCCGAUGCCUCUGUAGCGUGGGGCGAUACCGUGACCUUAUCACGGGACGCAUUGCUUACUAGAUUAUCACUGGAAAUAUGGGCAUCCUUUGAGCUCGGUCGAAUGCUGGGUGAUGGAGAAGUUGUUAACACACUUGAGACCUCGUGGAAUGAGUUGCUCAAUCAUGGAGAUAAGCCGUUUGAUCUGUCCUUCCCACCUAGUUGUGAUGCGCACCCUUCCCUCACCCUGAAGGCCUCCGUUGUCCACACCUGUGGUAUACGACUCGAUUUCAUCACUGGAAGCAUCAUUACUCGUCGCACAGACGCAGGCCACACACAGUUUGCCAGAUAUGUCACAAACAAGAGUGACUUUGACCUGAAAAGUGCUGUACACCAUUUCCAGUUCGUUCUGCACUGGUGUCCUGUUGGCCAUCCUGACCGUGCUGCUGCUCUCACCAACCUCGCGCGGGCCCGCCUUCUGGGUUACAUUCGCAAGGAUAUUCAAGACAUUGAUUCUACCGCCUUUCUUUUCCUCCACGCCCUUGCAUUGCGUCCGCAGGGCCAUCCCGAUCGUCCAUCGUCUAUCUAUCAUCUCACUGAAGCGUUGAUCUGGCGCCACAACAGGCAAGAUACCCCCGCUGAUAUCCGUGAAUCCGCUCAACUCUACCACGAGCUACUACCUCUCUGUCCCAAGAGCACCUAUCUUCGGAGCAUCGCAGCAGGGGACAAUGGUCUCGAUUAUGUGAUCAACGAAUGCAACAAUCUUCCAAUAGUUGCAUCUGAUGAUGGCAUCCAACUUCGACGAGUUGUGCUAGAGCUCUGUCCUCUGGGCAAUCAACACCGCCGUCCCAGAGCCCUCGCCAAGCUUGCACGGGCAGUCGAAGCACGCUUUGAUGAACACGGCAGCAUCGAGGAUCUUGAAGAGAGCAUAAAACUUGGUCGUGAGGCCGUUUCUCUGUGCCCCGAGGGACAUCCUAGUUAUGAUACCUGCCUAAACAACUUGGCUUUUUCGAUCAGAUCCCGCUUCAAUCAGCAAGGCAAAUCUGAUGACCUUGAUGAGGCCAUCUCUCUAUUUGAAGAAGCACUGCGCCUACGUCCUAGUUGGGCACGAAUUUCUGACAAUAACGACAUUAACGACAUCAACAAGGCCAUCAGCCUCUUUCGUGAGGCAUUGACAUUACGCCCACCUGGGCAUCCACGUCGUGACACCACGCUGAACAACCUUGCCUUCGCGCUCAAAACCAGAUAUGAUGAUUUGCAAACCAGCGAUGAUCUUGACGAGGCCAUUGAUCUGUUCCGCGAGUCACUUCGGUUAAUACAGCCUGACGAUCCAAUGCGUCAUCGAAAUCUUUACAAUUUAGGCUCGGCACUCCGCUCUCGUUUCACGCACAAUCAGGCGAAUAAAGAUGUUGAGGAGGCCAUUGAUCUCUGCCAACAAUCAUUGAUGGCUUUGCCUCUAUUGCACCCAGAUAGAUAUUCCAGUUACAUGCGGCUGCAGGAAGCCUACCUGUCUCGUUACCAGGUGCAGCACGAUCCUACUGAUUUGUCACUCGCAGUGAGGAACUUCAGACUGGCAUCAAGGCACCCCACCCAAGGAUAUCCAUGCCGCAUUGAGGAGGCUAUUAACUGGGCGCUCCAAGCGGAAGUCCAUCAACAUGAAUCUGCCCUCGAAGCAUACCAAAUGUGCUUGGAGCUUUUCGACAGUCAUGUUAUGACGCGAUCUUCCAUUAUCUCGCGGCGUGAUGCUGCAACCGCUUUCCGUGGUGCACAGACAUUGCCGGUAGACGCAGCAUCAUGCGCUAUUCGCCGCAAUGAUCUGCAACGAGCGGUUGAACUUGAGGAGCAGGGACGCGGUCAACAAUGGUCGCUGGCCUCGCGACUCAGGACUCCGCUGGACGACCUCAAAUCUGCAAGUCCGCCCCUCACCGACAAACUCUCAGAGCUCAGCAAGCGCCUAUCUAAUGCUCAGGGUUCCACGGGCAGCGCAGACAGAGCUGCUGCUGAUCGGGCAGCAACAGAGUACAGAAAACUUACGGAGCAGUGGGAAGCUGCGGUAGCUGAAGUCCGCAAUCUUCAAGGAUUCUCGCGAUUCCUUCUCCCUCCAUCAUAUGAAGAUUUGCAAGUGGCAGCGCGUCAUGGCCCAGUUAUCAUCCUCAUCGCGAGCGAAUACUCCCGCAACGCCAUCAUAGUCCCAACAUCAGGGCAGCCCCACCAUGUUCCCUUCCCAGAUCUCGCUCUCGCAGAUGUGGAGCAGCUCAAGGACGAUUUCGCUAAGGCGAUACGCCAAGCAUCUUCUAUGGGCCCAAAUGAGCCGAGGACGGGCCUGAAAGUACUAUUGCGGAAGAUCUGGGACGAGGUCAUGCUACCCAUUGUCAGGGUACUCUUGCGUGAUCUGAGAUUGCCGGGUCGCUCUCGAAUCUGGCUGUGUCCGACAGCAGCAUUCACGUCCAUUCCCCUUCAUGCAGCUAACCCGUUUCGAACGAAGGCGGAUUGUUCUGAGCCGGAACUAUGCUUGGAGGAUGUCUACAUCUGCUCUUACACACCUACGCUUUCGGCUCUGAUCAGAGCUCGACAGACGAUGAAGACGCACUUGACCCCAUCCUUUGUGGCGAUUGGGCAGGGUCAACCGGGUGCAGGGCAAGGCAAGGAGCUCUUGGCUGUCGAGAGUGAGCUUGAGCUAGUCUGUUCGCUUGUCCCCGAAAUGGUCAAUCCUAUCACUCUGUCUGGUGAUGCAGCAACACGAGCAGGUGCAUUGGAAACCUUGCAAAACAACACAUGGGUGCACCUCGCUUGUCAUGGCAAGCAAGACCAUGACCAGCCAUACUAUUCACAUUUCGCUAUGAAAGACGAACCCCUGACGCUGCUUGACAUCAUGGAGAACGAUGCUCCGCAAGCUGAAUUCGCAUUCUUAUCGGCGUGUCAUACUGCCGUUGGCGAUAAGAAGACGCCCGACGAAGUUAUCCACCUCGCAGCUGGUCUGCAGUUUUCAGGGUUCAAGAGCGUCAUUGGCACGUUGUGGGUUGUCGACGACGCUGUCGCAAAACACGUCGUUGAAGCUUUCUACAAGAAUCUGUUCAAGGAUUUAGAGGAAGGUGAUAUACCGGACUGUACGAAGGCGGCCUGGGCACUCAACAAGGCUACGUACGCUGUGAAGACGAAAGUGCCGCUCGAGCAGAGAAUCGUUUUUGUUCAUAUUGGUGUGUAGCUUCAUAUCGUAUUGCUCUGAUGUAGCGCAGUUUUACUAGCCGUUCAUAUUGUCGUAUUAGAUACUCUUUCUUCGUUGUACUCCCGCAACCUCUUCCCGCACUCCCUCGUUUUAUUUUCUAUGCUCUCCUAGAUAGAGCCUUUGAUGUUUCUUGAAUACAAUCUUGAUGCUCGUGUAUGACAGUGUUUGGGUCGUCGCAGCGUAUGUUAUUAUGCUCAAAGUUUGACCGAAAAAAGUGCGGGGAGAUACGAAGUUUUUCCUAAGUGUUGCAAUACAUUGCGCUCUCCCGCGUUCAUACUAGGCC